AUGAGGGGGUUUCUUCCAGCUUCGGCUUUAUUUCUUUCGAUCGGGGUAGUGUCAUCUCAGUCAUUCGGCCCUCGCGACGAUUUGACCACGAUAGAGUCCUCCAUUGGACAAGGGGUGUCCAUAUCGCAUAAGAGGACAACUGUUUGCGAGACAACACCGGGAGUUGAAGCACGAGCCGGCUACGUGCGAAUCCCAAGCACUCUGUUCCCUUUCUACGCCACCAACGAGACAAAUGCAUGGAACCUGUCCACCUUCUUCUGGUACUUCCCAGCACGCGAAGACCCGGCAAAUGCGCCUUUUGCCAUCUACCUCGCAGGAGGACCAGGUGAAUCGUCCGUGUUCACCGCAGCAACAGACUCUGGCCCUUGCAGCGUCAACAAAGAUCUCAACACCACGACGCUCAAUCCUUGGAGCUACAACAACCAUGUCAACAUGCUGUACAUAGACCAGCCGAACUUUUCGGGCUAUUCUUAUGACGAAGUCACAGAGGGUCACUUUGACAUCCUCACCGGGAAUAUCUAUCCAGGUCCAGGGGAGGCCAACGACACGUUCUGGGCCGGUAAGUGGGGAACCAUGGAGCCGACCAGGACAGCCUUCACCACCCAGAACACGGCAAAAAUCCUGUGGCAGGUUGUCCAAGCGUUCACCGCAGACUUCCCUGGUGUCCAGAACAAGUCAAUAAGCAUUUGGGGUAACUCGUACGGAGGAUAUUUCGCACCUGGAGCACUUGCAUAUUUCCAGAAACAGAAUGAAGCACUCAAAGCGGGCGAGGUUGACAGCACCCGAUAUCAUCACCUUGAGCUCGACACUCUCGGUCUAUUGAAUGGAUGCGUAGACCUGACCCUUCACCUCCCGUCAUACCCCGAGAUGGCCAACAACAACACUUACGGAGUCAAGUUGCUCCCACAAGAUGUGUAUGAGAGUGCGAAGAACAACUUUACCAAAGACGGUGGAUGUUCGCAGGUUAUUGAACAGUGUAGGCAACUAGGCGUUGAAGGCGACCCAGAGAAUCUGGGACUCAACAACACCGUGAACGAGUUUUGCGCAGCGACAAUGCUCGACUGUCUCACAAACACGGAGUUCGCCCUGAUGGCAGUCACUGGUAGAAGCUCCUUCGAUAUAUCUCACCCACUGGCGGACCCGGUGCCGCCCAUCAAUGCCAUGGGAUUCUUCAAUCAAGAGUGGGUGCAACAGGACCUUGGAGCCGCAGUGAACUUCAGCUGGGCGCCUAACCUUGUUACUAAUUCCUUCUUCGCUGUUGGCGAUACUGUGAGGCAGAACCUCUCCAAUUUGGAGUAUCUUUUGGACAACCGGGUGAACGUUGCACUUGCCCAUGGCGACAGAGACUAUGUCUGCAAUUGGAUCGGAGGUGAACAAGUUGCCUUGGCUGCAGAGUAUAAAGGUGCCGACACCUUCCGCUCUGCCGGCUAUGUCCCCGUCACCACAAAUUCCAGCUACGAAGGAGGGGUGGUCAAACAAUCCGGUCGCUUUUCCUUCACUCGCAUCUUCCAAGCUGGCCACUCCCCCGCCUCUCCGCAGCCAGAGACAGUCUAUGAGAUCUUCAUGCGAGCCAUGUUCCACAACGACAUAGCCACGGGAAAGGAAGAUUUGAACAAAAAUGCGGCAUACGUCACUGAAGGGCCUACCGAUAGUUGGGGCUGGACCGAUACACUUCCCGCGGAUCUGCCAGAGAAUGCUUGCAGUCUGUGGUGGAUGUCGCAGACAUGUACCCCGGAACAGAUUAUGGCGGUCGCGGUUGGUAAUGCGACGGUCGACAAAUUCUUGUUCGUCCAGAACCCCGGCGGUGAUCCGGUGCUUCCUUAUCAAGAUGACACGGCGACGAACAGCACGAGCGCCAACUCGACGGCUACUUCGGGAGGUGGAGCUGCGACUGGAACCAACGACAAGAACGGCGCGGCUGGCGCUGUGUCGCACUUGAGCCUGGGGGCUUUCACCAUGUUGAUUGGUGUUUCCCUCUUUAUUGGUUUGUAG